AGGCUGCAAUCAUUACAUAAAGUAUCAAUUAUUAAAGUGAGUGAAUCAUAAAUUCAACUCGCAGGAACUUUUACCAUUAACGUUACUUCAUUUGCAAAUGAGAUUAAUUUAGAUGACUUUAUUUUUAGUGGAUUUUGCAUUUUGAUAUCAGUUAAUCCGCGGAAUUUCCUGCACACACAGUCAUUUUAUUAAACAUAUCCUGUAGUGAAUUAAAGUAAUUCUGGAAAAGAUUUUUUGUGACAGUUUAAAAAGUUUUUUUACAACACAAGUAGGUAAUGGGCAAAUUUUAUAAAUAAGGUACCUCGUACUUGUAGCAAAGCCUUUGACCUACGACAUCAGUGCCUAAGUAUAGACUUAUUACAUCGGCUCAAAGUCAAAUAAUGAUUCAACUAAUUCUAUCAGAACCUUUUUGGAGAUUAAAAUGUGACUGUAAUACGAACGAAAUAAUCUAAUAUUACAUUAUGAUACGAGUGCGAUAAAUAGGAAAUUCGCAACGAGUGGCGAUAGAUUAAAGCACGACCGAAGGAAGCCAUUUGAAUCGACACGAGUUGCGAAUUACCUAUUCGCACAUGUAUAGUACGACGUUUUGCAGUAGAUAUGGCCCUUUAAAUUUUCGGCAUAGUUACGUAAUGUGCUAAUAUCCCACUAGUGAGGUAAAGUAGCACCAUAUGUACUGUAAUAGUACAUUACGAUACAAAUGCGAAAAAUAGGAAACUUGAAACGAAUGGCGAUGAAUUAAAACACGAAGGGAGUGUUUUAAAUCGACACGAGUUACGAAUUACCUAUUCGCACAUGUAUCGUACAACGUUUUACAGUACAUAUGGCCCUUUAUAUGUUCGACAUAGUAACGUAAUAUGCUAAUUUUCGCACUAGUGCGGUAAAGUAGCACCAUAUGUACUGUAAAGGUUAUUAUUCUCUAGGCAAGAAAAACAACUACGAGUAGACCAAAACUUAGUUCAUAAGUAGCAAUAUUCGUAUAUUAAAAAGUGCAAGGUAUGAAUAAUUAAUAAAUUAUUAUGACUUACAUAGGAAGGACAUUAGCCAUGUUUCCUUUAUUUCAUGAGUUGGCCAACUAGUUUAUAAGCGAAAGCUGGGUGUCUCGAGGAAGAUCGUGUCUUAGAUCUCUUUUCACAAAUAUUAGGCCACUUUGAUAAGCUUAAAAUUAGUAACAAAUCUAAAUAUUCAUGACUAGAUAUAAUAAAAUGUUUUAACAGGUCGGAACAUGACAUGUUAAUACAAAACAAAGCGAUUAAUGAUAGUGUUGUUGAGAAAAAAUAGGAACGGUUACAACAACAAAAUUAAUCCGGGAAGAUUUAUCUCCAAAUUUUUUUUUGCUGAGAACAAUAUAUUUUAUUACUUGUUUUGGCCCAACGACAAAACAAAACCAUAAAAUAAGCACCUUUUUUUCAUUGUUCGCUAAUCACCUUAUUUUGAUUUUUGGAUAUUUCAAAAAGUAAUAGGGAUGGCGCCUAAUUACGGAUUAACUUGAACCAAUUACAAUAGGGGUUCGGGAGAGGGUACAGCAACACUAAUCACCUUGGUAUAAAGGGUUUAGGACCCUGUGUUUGCUAAUCAGUUGUCUCAAUACGUUGAUCGACAAUGUCUUCCAGUGACGAGUUCAGUUUAGCCGAGUUUGGUCUGGCCGACGGCGGUGAAACCUGGGCUGUGGAUGGAAACGUUCCUGGAUGGAAUUUGUUUCCAGAGUCAAUGCCACAGACUAAUGAGGUACAAUGGCCACAGUACGAGCAACAAACGUGUAUGUGGCAGGAACAGACGUCUCCGGUGUACCAACCGACGUUCAACCAAGCGCCGAGUAUGAUCCCCGUCCCUGUGAUGCAUACCGUGCACACGAGCCCUCACACUUUUCAGUUUAUUCAAAAUUGCCAAUAUGUGGCAAUGAAUACUUCAACCCAGUGCCAGCAAAAUCCAGUUAAUCACGUAAUAUCCAAAACAAAUCAGCCAAUGUUCAACAAUGUACCAUCAAAACACCACCGAGCGCAAAUUACUCUGGUUCACAACACUCACGGACCUUCCAAAGCAAUCAUCAAGCGCAAGCGUAAAAGAACAGCUUUCACCACCGAGCAGAUCUUAGCUCUAGAAAAGGUCUUUUGUAAAAAACCGUACGUGAAUCGCGACGAGCGUCAAGCUCUCGUGGAACAGCUGCAAGUCACCGACAGAGCCGUCAAAGUGUGGUUCCAGAACCGUAGGAUAAAGAGCAAGAGAGAAGAGCUUGAAGCUCUGGAGGCUUCUUCCGACUAUUCGCCGAUGGGCGCAACAGACUCGUCGGACUCCUUUAGACUGGCUUACGUAGAAGCUCAGAUAUCGCAAAAAACCGACGAAUUCGGUUACGUCACGCUCGACGAUCGCGCCAUAAGAGAACUGGUCAGCGUCAUCGAUGAGCUGCUGGUUGAAAAAGUUGACUGCGACGUAUUAAGCGAGGAAGAUGUAGUAGAAAAUGUGUUGAAAAUGAAAUAUGAACCCGUAUCCCCCGCUGCCAACUCGGAUUGUUCUGAUGAAGAUGCUGCCAAGUGGAGGCGGCCGGAUCCCGAACAAUCCCUUAGGCAACUAUUAGAUAUUCAACACUUUUGUUAAUUUCUUCAAUGGUGUCAAAGUUACUAUAUAAUUCUCCUAUCAUGAUAAGUUACAUAUGUAAAUAUAAAUAUAUUUUAUUCCAGUGUUGACAUAAUGUAUUUAAGUUAAGAUUUUUAAUUAAUUUAUUGUAAUUUUAAGCUUCGCAAUUAUGAUACAUAAAUAAACAAUUACUUAGUGCACAUAUUUUUUUUAUCUUAAAUCCUUACAACCAAUGUUACCAGUAA